CUUGCAUGAAACGAGCCAGGGAGUGGGCCUAACGGGUGAAUGAAUGACUAUUCCUGUUUCUCAGUGGCAUUGUUUUAUCGACAAAGGCUACGACAGUCGAUGACCCGCCCGUCGAGCGUAACUGUACCAUGUGAUUCCUAAACGCGAAGCGAUCGAUGCAUCGUGCACAACACGGACAGUGCGCAUAUCCUACGACAUGCACCUCGUAUUGUUAUAUUGCUGCCCUAAGAUGUGCCUCUGACGUCCGAGCGUGAUGUCGUACGCUGGAUUCAUUCCCGUUUUCGGCGUCCGGCAACUUGAAUCGGGCCAAGACGUGAAGAACCGUUUGAUGACUGAACUAUCGUUAGCAAUCAAACAGGUUCAGAUGUUGUCAAGCAGACUAGGGAAAGCAGAAUCUCUCCACGAAGUCCUUCCUGAAACGUGUUAUUUAUGCGAGCUGUUAGACAGGACACUUUUGUUUGGAUUGCAUGAACCUCAGUGGGGCUACUGGCCCUGCAUCAAGUCUUUCGUCCACGGGGGUACUGUCCGUGACAUCGAAGCAUCUCGGGAAGUUACGACAAGUUUGGGACGUGGUCGUCGAUGGCUGCUUGAAAGCAUCAAUGGCUAUCUGUUGGAAGGUUAUGUUCGAUCUUUUAUGCAAAACCAGAGCAUAAUCAAAAAGCAUUACAGCCAGCAGUCUUUUCUGAGGGAUGAACAGUGCUUGGAUGUAUUGUCUACAAUGGUGGCUGGACUGGAGUACGUGACGUUUGCAUUGAAUGAGAACCAUCCUUAUCUGGAUGAUGUGCACGUCUGGUCGAGGUUAUCUGCAAACUCAUUGCGUCAGUCACGUGAUUCUGGAAUGUUCUCUAGCAGUGAGUGCCUGGAGCUAUCUCAGGCAGCCUCAUCUCUAACGCUAUCGUCAAUGGACACUUCCCUUCACGAAGGCGACUCUGGCGUGAUGACCAUGACCAACCACGCCUUGACGACAUCAUCAGCUACGCUCACGUCUCUCGCGGAGGAGGUCAAAGAAGAGACGGUCGAACCGGUUGAUGCGUGCAACUGCGCAAAAUGCAACUCUCUUCACGACAGGGAGAGAAUUCGUCAGAUCAUAAACCUGGACAUUGUCCCCGUGGACGAAACGGACUCCGAACUCGAAGUUACGCGUAUCUUGAAACGAAAAAAGAGGAAGAACACGGUUGAGUCGACACCGUCGCGGAAGAGUUCUCACAGCGCCGUGUUAGACGACCUGGCUUCGUCUUCCGACUGUUCAGAUAAGACGAUUUCGCGGACUAGCACAAAGUCAACGGAGUGUCUCCUUAACGUGUCGACCGCUGAACAGUCGACUGUGCCGCACGUUAGCUCUUCCCCAGGAGAAAGCAGGGACGCAACGAGAGGUGCUGCAGCAGAACCUGAAGAUAAUGUUGAGGGCGGACGUCAGACCGUGGAUGAUGCUAAGGAGGUGCCUGGGGUGGUUGACAAUGUUGAGGAUGUAUCCAUUUACGACGUUUAUGAUCCAACAAAAAAGAACGACGAAACUCAGAACAUGUUCCAAGAGUCUUCCGGCGAUUCAACGGUGAUUGCGGGAGCCGAGCCGAUGCUGGAAGAAAUCCAGACAAGUUCUGAAGAAUCAUCUGGAAGUGGCUCCGCUGCGGAUGUUUCUUUGACAGGUACCUCUACGAGCACCGAAAAAUUGGAUUCGUUGUGGGAUGAGAUUGAUGAAGCGACGACAAAGAAACAACAGGGGCUUGACAUCACGGUUGAAAAUAACACGCAGCUGUUCUUGCUGCUGGAGAUCUUCGAAGCUGACGGAGAGACCGUGUACAAAAUGUUCCUAGCAUGGAAGCUGUUCAAGCAGCAGAAACCAGAACCAGUCUUCAUUCUCUUGUCCAACAAAUUCCUGUACGCACUUCAUCCUGGAUCGGGCACCAGGAUGUUCGAGAAAGAGUUCUCUGUUUCUCUGACAGAAAUCAGCUUUAUCAACGUGCUGCUCAAUUAUCAAGGGUUCACACUUCACGCAUUGAAAGGGUCAAAAAUUGAAGUGUCGACUGGAAAUGCGGAGCUCACUAGGAAUAUUCUGUCAAGCUUGGAUAUUGCUAUCAGACGAAUUCAAAACGGCGUCAACAACCUGCCGUGCAUCAACACGAAUUCGCUCGUACAAAUUGGUGACCUCACGAGGUUCUUCACAAAAGAGUUCAAGGUUGACGCGGACAAAAUAGCCAUAAAAGACUACAGACUAGUGCACUGGGAGACGCUAGAUUCUCAAGAAGCACUGAGGGCUCCGGCAGGGCCAUCGAAGUCUGGGUUUCUGAUGUGGAGGUCUUUAAGAAAUCAGUCCCGAAAAGAGAAGCGGAAAUCCUGGGAGACCGGGUACUUUUUACUGAGGGCUGGUGUCUUGUACAGAUCGUUGAAUAGCAAUGACACUAUUCCCAGUUCUACGUACCUGGUCAGCUCGUCCCACUGCACUGGCUGCCAACAAGUGAAAGAAUAUGGCAGACCGUACACUUUUCAACUCAACCUUGAGGGCACUGAGUUCCUGCAGCUUGCAGCAUCCAAUGAGAAUGAGUUGAAUGACUGGGUGCAGUGUUUCAUGCUCGCGUGUGAGGCGCCAGGAUAUCAGAGCCACAGCGAAGGGCUGGCUGCGUGCUGCCUCGUCCUCAUAGGAGACCUUGCACUCACGCUCAUCGAAAACAAGAAGAUAUUGGGAAGAGGAGGCAUCGCUGACUUGGGAUGUGUGUACAGCGAAAGCACUUACUGUCUUCUGACAUUUGAAAGCGGAGAGGCCGACAGCUGCUCCGCCGACUGGGUGUUCUGGUUCUCGACCGAAACUGAGAAGGACGAUUUUUUGGCCGUCGUUGCCACAUCCUGGGAAGAACUCUUUCAGGUGCCUCUCGACAUACUGCCCAUGGUGAACAACAACCUCAGAAGUCAUUGCCUGGAACGUGAGUUGGAACUCAGAGUGAGGCAGCAGAAUCUCAUUGCGCUGUGUGCGGACAGCUGAUUGUCGUCUGCAAGAGAGGUGUGACAUGUUUUUUUUUUUGUUUUUUUUAAGGGGAUGUCGGGCGUGUCCGGUAACUUUACCGGUAGGACAAUGUACAGUUGCCAAUGGCAUGUAGACUUCGAUUUUAUUUUCCAGUGUGUUAUCUCUAUCACGAUUUUAGCCGUCUGUUGCUGUUGCAGAGUUGUAGGUGCUGUAGAAAGAUUUUUAAUUAUGUAAUUAGUCAUUAUUGUUACACAUUUGUUUGCUGGUUUGGAUUCCGGUUAUUGGAGAGAAAUGUGCAGGAACUGUAUGGAUCUGUGAUAUGACAGAAAGCAACGUUUCGUAGCUGCUUUUACAAUUUCAAGCAUGACAGUGAUAGGGCAUCAGUGUACGAAUAAUUCUCGCAAUAAUGUUUUCUAAUUGGACGCUCUGCAGAGCUUUAAGGGAUGCAGCAUUGCUAUGUGUGCUGAUUUUCGUGUAAGUAAUGUUUUUAACUGAUGCAUGUUUUAGAACCGAUUGUUGGCAGACAAAGUGACAGAUGUUCCUAGCUUGUUUUUUAAACCAAUGAAUAGUGCUUUGCACCAACGCAGGGUUGUUCCCUGAGGCUUCAGUGAUGUGUGAUAUGCGUGAUUUAAAAAAAAUGCUGCAGCUAACAGAUGCAUGAAAGCAGCAGGCUUGAAAGAAACUCGUGCUGUGAUAUUACAGUGUUCGUGAUUUAUAAACAGUGCAUGGUGUGCUUUAGAUUCACUUAGCACGUGUAGAUAAAGACGUUCGCUAAGAAUAUCUCAUUUUUUCUGGGCACGGAUUUUGCGGAGUUUUUGGCAUACCCAGGACAGAGCAUCAUUUGGGUUGUUUUUUCCUCAUUUUUUGUUCAUCCAUUCCAUCCAGUAUAUUCCUCUUGUCAGGAUAUUCCUUUGUGUUCUAGUUUGUCCUACAUUCCUAUGUGGGAGAUGCCAUAUUUGUCCCUCCGAAGUGUACGAGGAGGAGAUUUUUCUUUUUUUUAUUGUGGCUCGAAACACUUGUUUUGACAGAGAACAUAUGUUACAAUACUUGCCUAUCUCACGCCUUCACGCACAUAAAUUUAGGGGAUAGCAGGUACACCUGGGAAUGGGAUACGUUUUUGGGGGAUAGCAGGUACAUCAGGAAAUGGGAUACGUUUUAGGGGAUAGCAGGUACAUCAGGGAAUGGGCUACGUUUUUGGGGGAUAGCAGGUACAUCAGGGAAUGGGAUACGUUUUAGGGGAUAGCAGGUACACCUGGGAAUGGGAUACGUUUUGGGGGGAUAGCAGGUACAUCAGGGAAUGGGAUACGUUGUCUGCCAUGCUGCUUGUCUCUCUUGAAAAAUGUCUCAUGCAGCUUCCAGACCCAGACUCUGCAUGACACCUGUUACACCAUGACAGGGCCAGCACACCUACCAUGCAUGGGGUAUCAUGUGAAGCAUGCAGUUGUGUGCCAAAUCUGGGUACGUAGUACCCUUGCUAGAUCAGCAUAGCAGAGAUGUAGGCCCUUGGUAGGAGUUGGUCAUGUGACAGAGUUGUUCCACAUCACCAAGGGCAUAGGCGAUCCUAGAGUUGAUUAGCAGACGACAGUUGACAUUUGGGUCUCAGGAUAUCUGAAAUUCUGGCUGUGGCUUUGCUUUAGUGGUUGACUUCGGUAUGGGGUCAUCUGCGUGUGUUUGUAAAGCAUUCAUGCCGUGACUUAGGGGUAUUUACCGGGCAUGCCGAGAAACUGUAGCGCUGUUCCGGUCCGCGGCUGGCUCUAAAAUGAAUAGAAACAGCUUUCCACCUUCACGUGAAACAAGCUGAUACGUGUUGUGUGUAUGGUUCCGUGGACGUUGCUCUGAAGAAAACAUUGGGUCACAAAAUCCUCACUGGAAUUUCUGGGCGUCCUCCUUGACGCAGCUCAGGCGAGCUGCAGAAGCAGACGACCAUAUAUUUCUGUGCAGACGACAGCUCUGACGUCACUACUCUUAACUACCCCCAGCUGAUAGGGAGUAGCGCGAGUCGAUCCGGAUUCGCUACCCUGGGGUAGGCGAGCCGUUUUAGGAACGCGAGUUGUGAUAUAAUCGAGUUGAUUCUGGAACGCAAAGAGUAGCUACCUUCAGCUCUCUGGUCGACCCGGACCAGUUCUGGAACCAGCCCUUGUAGGAUGUAAUACGGCAAGGGGUAACUUUAGAUUAGAUAAUAGAUGACCUCCGAUAAGAUAAGAGAUGACAUAAGCCCUUACAAGAUUAGAUAUGGUACUGCUAAAUGAAAAUUAGCUGAGAGAAGACAAGAUGAAAUAUGACUUAAGAUAAGAUUACUUAAGAUAAGCAAUAAGAUAAGAGAGUCCUUGCUUCCCAAUGUGCAUGUGAUGCUGCAUAAAACAUACCGCAAGCCAGUGUGCCUUUUCACGCUUCAGCAGCUGCAUUAGACUUGUUUUUUGGAAGGCGUGGCUAACUCAGCAGACUAUAGUUCACUUGAUGCAAUGCUAAAGUAGCAGGCGUUAAGGUGCACUUUAAAAGAGAAUCAAUUAGCAAUCUGUAUAUUGAAAAAUGGCACCCUGGGUUUUACGAAAAGGCAAGGGAAGCAAUGCAGUGAGGUGCUGACAAAGCGUGUUGAGCUUUGUGAUGUAUUUUCGAGGCUUACGAAAAGCCCACGCUAGUUUCAAGUCCCAUAAAUCGAAAUCUGUAUCAGUUUGAAUAACUCUCACAACCCCCAUGUUGAUGUACUCAAGUCAAUUUGAUACCACUUAAUUUGUAGUUCCUGUUAAUUCAAAUUUGAAUUAGUGGGGAUUUACUCUAUGCCACCUACUUCUUAUGGAUCGUCACUCUUGAACAUCCAUGAAUUUAGUCGAAUUUUAGGUAUCUAAGCUAAGCUAAUCUAUAUAAGCUGUCACAAGUCAGUUGUUGAUUUACAACAUGCAAUCCCUGAUUUUUUCCUGAAGGAAUAUAUACCUUAAUCAUGCACAAGUGUAAAUACCUUUGCAUCAGCAGCUGUGAUAAAAUGUUAGGGCGUUAGCUUUUAGAUUAUGCAUAGUAAUAAAACCUACUAGCUCACGGUGAAGUUAAACCAUGAGCAGCCCAUUUGACGCAAAAAUUACUGUGUCUACCAGAUUACUCUAACGGAUACUCAAUACAUUUACGUGUAUCUAUGCGAAUGAGUAGACAUGAUGCACUUUUGAAGUCCAAAGUAGAAAUUUCUGAUCCUGGAAUGGCUUGCUUUGGUCUGCGUGAGCAUUGUGCUGAUAUUUAAAAUUGCCCAUAUAUAUAUACUCUCACUAAAAGCUGCUUCAUUGAUGAUGGCACACACUUUAUUUCAAGCAGCUUCGGUGAUCUGUAACAACGUAUGUACACAAUGUAAAAGACAAGCUUGAUGUGUCAAUCUGCAAAAGCACAGUGAGAAUAUGACAGACAGGACCAUUAAAGAAAGAAAGUGUCGUACACUGCUUAAAGCGAAGAUACGUUAUAAGUACAUGAUGAAUUGAGAAUAUGGUAUAAAUGCAUUUUUCAAAGUACCCCAUUAAAAGGUUGCUCGAUG